AUGAGGAAAAAGGUUCUGUUAAUGGGCAAAUCUGGUUCGGGCAAAACAAGUAUGCGAAGCAUCAUAUUUGCAAACUUUAUUGCUCGUGAUACCCGCAGACUAGGCCCCACAAUGGACGUGGAACAUACACAUUUACGACUUCUUGGGGGUCUGGUUUUAAACUUAUGGGACUGUGGAGGACAAGACGGGUUUAUGGAAAGCUAUUUUGUUAACCAAAGGGAAACUAUAUUCAGAAACGUUGAGGUUCUGAUCUAUGUUUUCGACAUUGAGAGCCGAGAAAUUUCGAAAGAUCUGGCUUAUUACCGUUCUUGUCUGGAUGCAGUCAAUCAGAACUCUCCUGGUGCCAAAAUAUUUUGUCUCAUUCAUAAGACUGACUUAGUCAGUGAAGAAAAAAGAGAUGAGAUAUUUCAAGCCAGAAAAGAAAACAUUGAAGCAGUUACUAAACCGUUAACAUGCUCAUGUUUUACAACAUCUAUAUGGGAUGAGACAUUAUUCAAAGCAUGGUCUAAAAUUGUUUAUGAACUUAUUCCAAAUAUCAAAACUCUAGAAGGAAGUUUAAAACAGCUUUGUGAGGUACUGGAAGCUGAUGAAGUGAUUUUAUUUGAAAGAGCAACAUUCCUUGAAAUCGCUUGUCAUUCUAGAGUCCCACAUUCUGAUGUGCAUAGGUUCGAAAAAAUAAGCAACAUUGUAAAACAAUUUAAGUUGUCGUGUAGUAAAGUUGGUGCAAAUUUCACCAAGAUUGAAUUGCAUAAUCAGUACUUUGCUGCGUUUAUUGAUGUUUUCACUUCGAAUACAUACAUUAUGGUUGUGUGUUCAGAUCCAUCUAUUGCCUCAUCUGCAACUUUACUCAAUAUUCGCAAUGCACGUAAGCACUUCGAACGUCUAGAGAAAAUAGAACAACCACAUUCUGCAAUAGCUGGGCGUAAUUGA